UUGAUAUUCUGAAAACCAAGCACUGUCUAAUAGACGUACUUUUCAACGCCUUCAACAAACCGCUACAUCUACAACUACAAGUUCUUCGCCUUCUCUGGUUCAUGUUCUUGCAUCCUCCAAAAGCUACUGUUUUUAUUGAGCAAACCGGUUUCAUAUCAAAUGGGGUUCAUUGAAAGAUUCCCAAGGCUUCUGAGGAGAAUAUGAGGAUCUCUCUGCUAUUCCUCUGCUGAUUUUUUUACCAUCUGAGUGGAAUUUUUCAAGUGGGUUAAAUAUGUAUGUGGUGGAAAGCAAAGGAGGUGCUAUAGCAUGCAUGCUGCUUGCCUUGAUCUUCUUGGGCACAUGGCCUGCUAUCCUCACUCUCCUGGAACGACGAGGCCGGCUUCCUCAGCAUACUUAUCUGGAUUAUUCAAUCACAAAUUUUUUAGCUGCUAUACUUAUUGCUUUAACAUUUGGUCAGAUAGGCAAUAGCACACCUGAGAUGCCAAAUUUUUUAACUCAACUUUCACAGGAUAAUUGGCCCUGUGUUUUAUUUGCAAUGACGGGCGGGGUGGUCCUCAGCCUGGGAAAUCUUUCCACACAGUAUGCUUGGGCUUUUGUUGGUUUGUCAGUGACAGAAGUGAUCACUUCAAGCAUCACCGUUGUCAUAGGCACAACCUUUAACUAUUUCUUGGAUGAUAAAAUUAAUAGAGCCGAUAUUCUUUUUCCCGGGGUCGGUUGCUUCUUGAUUGCUGUUUGUCUUGGCGCUGCUGUUCACUCGUCCAAUGCAGCUGAUAACAAAGUAAAACUUGACAGCUUGUCUAGUGAUCACAUAGAUGCAAUGAAGGUUUCCAAUACUUCCAUGAUCCCAAAUGAGGCUGCGUCGAAGGAUCUGGAGAACAGAAAUGACCCUGCUCAGAAGGCCAAGGCUGGAACUGCAGGUUUUCUUGUACAGCUUGAGAACAGAAGAUCAAUUAAGGUUUUCGGGAAGAGCACUUUUAUUGGAUUGGGAAUAACUUUCUUCGCCGGAGUUUGCUUCUCUCUCUUCUCGCCUGCAUUCAACUUGGCCACAAAUGACCAGUGGAACACUUUGAAGACAGGAGUUCCUCAUUUGGUUGUUUAUACUGCGUUUUUCUACUUCUCAUUAUCUUGCUUUGUCCUUGCCAUCAUUCUAAACAUCACCUUCCUUUACCACCCUGUACUGGGCUCACCCAAAACAUCCUUCCAAGCUUAUCUGAGAGAUUGGAAUGGUAGGGGCUGGGCCCUUUUGGCUGGUCUCCUAUGUGGAUUUGGCAAUGGUCUCCAGUUCAUGGGAGGUCAAGCUGCAGGAUAUGCAGCAGCUGAUGCAGUUCAGGCACUUCCACUGGUGAGCACUUUUUGGGGCAUCCUUCUGUUUGGAGAGUACCGAAAAUCAUCCCGAAGAACAUAUAUAUUGCUUUUCAGCAUGUUGUUUAUGUUUAUUACGGCUAUUGCAGUCCUUAUGGCAUCAUCAGGGCAUCGCAAGUGAAUAUUCAACUGCAAAGUCCUCGUCCGGUGAUAACAAAAAGGAACAAGAAGAAAAGAUUUCCCAAGUCUUUGUCUGGAAAUCGUGUAAAACAAGAAUUUAUAAAUAAUUGAUGAAAUAGUCGAGAGCAGCUGGUUGGUGAA